AAAUGAAAUAACUUCGAACACAACUGCAAUACAAUAGUUUUAACAUUUUCUGUUUUAAACGUUUUACAAAAAGAAGAGAUAAAGAUGAAUUGAAUGGAAAGGAACGGAAAGGAACUAUUGGUCGGCAUUUGUUGGAGUCUUUAUUUUGGUGUAACACACCUGUCAUGGCCGUCCAUCGCCGAAUGAAACCGCUUUCGAAGCAGUAGUGUAGUACUACUGUUUCAUCGUCAACUUAAACACAGCGUGAUGUCGGAUAAACGCCAGCGAGCCAGGGUGCAGGGCUCCUGGGCCAAACAGCUUCCUAAACAAUCAAGACCAGCAGUUCCCCUCAGCCAAAUUGCCAGUCCUGCUGCCGCAUCUUGGGGGAUUCGUCGGCAGACAAUGCCUGGGAAUUUUGAGUUCCACCAACCUAUUGAGCGCGUUAGAGAUGUUCCGCCAGAGAGAGUUAUUGACCAGGCAGGUGAUUAUGAGAUCAGCCAUGGACCAUCAGGAGUGUCCAGACUGCGGCUGCUGCCUGACUUCCUCCCAGCACAGGAGGCUGACUGGAUGUUCAGUAAGCUGCUGGCAGAACUUCCCUGGUCUCAAAAAACCAACAUCAGACAAGGUGAGGCCUACGCAGAGCCGCGGCUGACGUGCUGGUUCGGAGAGUUGCCAUACACGUACGCUCGCUCCACCAUGGCCGCCAACACUCAGUGGCAUCCGUUGCUGCAGACCCUUCGCACUCUGGUCACCGAGGCAAGCGGCGGUUCUGGCGGCGGCGGCGACCGCUUCAACUCGCUGCUGUGCAAUCUGUACCGAGACGGCCACGACAGCAUCGGUUGGCACAGCGACGACGAGGCGUCGUUGGGCCACCAGCCCCUAAUUGCUUCGCUCAGCCUGGGCGACAGCAGGGUGUUCAGCCUCCGCAAGAACCCGCCUCCGGAGGAAAAUGGUGACUACACCUACGUGGAGCGCAUUAAGGUUCCCCUGGGUCACGGCACGCUGCUUUUGAUGGAAGGAGCCACGCAGGAUGACUGGCAGCAUCAGGUGGCUAAGGAGUACCACGACCGUGGCCCUCGCAUCAACUUGACCUUCAGGAACAUGUACCCCGAGCCACAGGGCUACCGGCCAGGCACCAAGCUGCGCUUUACCCCUAAGUAUACACACAGGUCUCAUUUUCAGUUUUCUUCUGAAAAGCCCUGAGUGCAACCAGGCUGAUAAGGAUGUUUUAGUGGAAUACAUUGAAGCAAUGCAAAAUUGUCUGGUUUUAUUGAAUGAGUACUAAAAGUGGUACAAGUGGAUGUUAAAAAACAUUUGAUGACUGUAAGUUCUUCCCCCCCGUUUUUGGAUGAGGGCAUGUUUACUUACAGUUAGUUGGAGUGGUCGAAUACUCAUUUCAAAUUGAAAUGUUUUUUCUUUGUUGACAUGUUUUCAUGUUUACUCAUGUUACCACUGGAGUAAAAUAAAGUAAUUGGGCAGUUAAUGUAAAAUUUCGCUU